AUGGACAAUAACCUUCCGGAGAUCACUAACGCGUAUGACCAAGGAUGGAACCGAUUAACAGAAAAGUAUUACUCCAAAUCCGAAUGGCCAGAGGCGGAAUUGAUUGCUCCUCUGGUCAAUGAUGACCCUAUAUUCUUGAUCCUGUACCGAGAGCUCUACUACCGUUCCAAAGCUUUUGUGUUUGGCGUGCGCGGCCAACGCAAAGACGGACGAGGAAUUGAUUAUGUUGGCCGAUGGUCUGGAGCUGCUAUAGUGUACUCAACGUGCUCUAUUCCCUCAUUCAAAAAUCCCGCAUCAAUGAAUACUGAGGCUGUCCAGAAAGGCGCAUCCCCGAAGAACUCACUGAAAUCUCUGGAGAAUACGGUCUGGAGCUGCUAUAGUGUACUCAACGUGCUCUAUUCCCUCAUUCAAAAAUCCCGCAUCAAUGAAUAUCUUGAGGCUGUCCAAAAAGGCGCAUCUCCCGAAGAACUCACUGAAAUCUCUGGAGAAUACGGUCAGCGACCGAUCUACCGUACCCUAGGCUUCUUUAGUAUUAUCGGGCUCUUGCGCGUCCAUGUUCUCCUUGGAGACUAUACACUCGCGUUGAAAGUAAUGGAUCUCGUCAAGCUGAACCAGAAAGCCUUUUUCACUCGGGUUACCGCUUGUCAUGUAGCAACUUAUUAUUACGUUGGAUUCUGUUACAUGUCUCUGAAAAGAUACUCGGAUGCUACGCGCACGUUCAACUCUAUACUUAACUUUAUUUCGAGAAUGAGACAGUAUCAUACUAGGAGUUACCAAUAUGACCAGAUCAAUCGCACUGCGGACCGGAUGUAUGCGCUUCUGGCCAUCUGCAAUGCUCUUUCCCCUAGUAGACUCGACGACGCGAUCACAACCAACCUCAAAGAGAAAUACGGGGAGCAGCAUAUAAAGAUGACCAAAGGGCAAGAAGGAAUGGCCGCUUUCGAAGAGCUCUACACCAAAUCCUGUCCGAAAUUCAUUUCUUCAACUCCUCCACCAUACCACGACACCGAGUUAUUGAAUCUUUACAUCAGCAACCCGCCACAGGAGCCAAUGCAACGACACCUCUCCCUCUUUCUCUCUGACGUGCGCAUUCAGCAAUCUGUCGUCCCCACACUGCGCAGUUUCUUGAAGAUGUACUCGAGUUUGGACGCCGCGAAGCUUGCUGGGUUCUUGGACGCAGACGAAGAAGAGAUCGUUCAGCAGAUGAUGGUCAUGAAGAGCUCGAGCCGUAGCGUGAGCCGUGCGGCAGUGGAGGCUGGCACGCUUCUUGAUGGGGGCGUCAUCAGCACGAGUGACUUGGAUUUUGUUAUUGAUGAAAACAUGGUUCAAAUCGUGGAGAGUACAAUCGGAAGGCGGUACGGUGGUUGGUUCAUCCGUAACACUGAGCACGCGCUCAAGGUGUAUGACACCAUUCGAUCGAGUCCUCUCCCGAUCUCGAAAACGAAUGUUCCUGAAGCGGAGGCGCAGGCUUCAGCGGCAGCACCUAGUGCCAAUGGCCCAACAGCAGGCAGUGCACCGAAACCAAAGGCCGCGUGGGGAGCUCCGAAAGCUGUGAGGCUAGCAGCUUAG